CCUGAACUGCGCGUGCGUAAGUUGCAUAGCAACAAACCCAAAUUUUCAAGAUGGAGGACGAUACACAGGCCAAAACAGAAGAAAACACAGAGAGUAAACCAGAAGCCACAGAAGAUGAAGCUGAACAACCAGCAGAGAAUCCUGCUGAAACGGAAAAUGUAGAAAUAGCUGAAGAAGGUAAAACAAAUGAAACAACAGCAAAUGAUGGGGAAGAUAAACCACAAGAGGAACAGCCAGAGGCAGUGGAAGACAAAACCAAUGAUGAAGAGAGUAAAGUAGAAGAAAUGCCAGCAGAUGAGGGGGAGGAUAAACCACAAGAGGAACAGCCAGAAACAGCGGAAGACAAAACCAAUGAUGGGGAGAGUAAAGUAGAAGAAACACCAGCAGAUGAGGGGGAAGAUAAACCACAAGAGGAACAGCCAGAGGCAGCAGAAGACAAAGCCAAUGAUGAGGAGGGUAAAGUAGAUGAAGCUAAAGAGGAUGAGGGGGAGGCAGGUGACAAAUUGACAGAAGGGGAGGGGGACAAACCUCCAACUGAAGAAGGGGAGAAAGAUCCAGAAUCAAGUAAAGAUGAAGAGAACAAAACAAAUGAAACACCUGCGGAAGGUGAUGAAGUAAAGACAUCGGAGGGAGAAGCAUUGGUUGAAGAAACAGCAGCUGAUGGUGUAUCAACUGAGCAAGUAGAGCUGGAAGAAAGUAAGCCAAGUGACGAAGAAACUGCUGCUGCGGAAUCUGAAGAGAAGAAAGAUGGAGAAGACACAGCACCAGCUGAGGUUGCCAAUGGGGAUGAUAAAACAGAAGAGACUGAGAAGAAAGAGGAAGAAGUUGAGAAGACAGAGGAUAAGCAACCUGAGGGGGAUGAGGCUGAGAAGAAAGACGAUGACGCAGCAGAGGGCGAUCAAGAGGUCAAAGAGGAGGCUGAUGUAAAAGAUAAAGGAGAAACCGACGGCGAUGCCAAAAUUGAGGACAGCAAAGAUGCCAAAGUUGAAGGUGAACAGGAUCAAGUUCCUGAGGGUGAAGAACACCCCCCUGUCAAAGAGGAAGAUAAAAUUGCAGACAAUUUUUACUAUGAAAUAGAUGAUCACAUUUCAAUAGCGAGAUGUACUGAAGACUCUGGUCUACCGAAUAAUUUGCUGUCAUUGCAUCAUUCGUUUGGUUAUGAUUGUAAGAAGAGGUCUAAUUUGGAAAUGCUGGAUCCUAACACAGUUAUCUUUGCGGCUGGUAACAUAGUAGAAUUACUGAAUCUACAGACUGCUGAGCAGACGUAUAUACGCAGUUCCUCAGGAGGUGGUAUCGGCGCAAUUGCCGUUCACCCAAGCAGAAAGUAUUUUGCUGUUGCUGAGAAAGGAACGAACCCCAACAUAAACAUCUUUGAGUAUCCGUCACUAAAACUCUACCGUAUUUUACGUGGCGGUACAGAGAAAGCAUACUCUUUCAUUGAUUUCAAUCCAUCGGGGGAAAUUAUUGCGUCUGUUGGUUGCGAUCCCGAUUUCAUGCUGACUGUAUGGGACUGGAAGCAGGAACAUAUUGUGCUGAGGUCCAAAGCAUUUUCACAAGACGUCUUUCACGUUACGUUUUCACCAGACAAUGAGAAGCAUUUGACAAGCAGUGGUGUCGGUCACAUCAGGUACUAA